AUGGGGACGAAAUGGUUCCCCGGCGAGAAUGUCGGCAUCGGCAAAGACCACACCCUCUAUGCCCUCGAAUACGGCUACGUCCGAUACUAUCGGGAUCCCCUGAAACAUCCCAAGAGACGAUACAUCGGUGUGGCGCUGGAAAAAGAAGGACCGAGAUCUCAACUUCCCACGCCGCGCAACGCGCCCUCGCGCAGACGGCUAGGCAUGUACGCCACGCCUAUGAAACCACCACCGCAGUCUCAAAAGUCUGUCGACGAAUCUUUCCUCGAGGCUCAUCUGAGCCAGAGCAGCAAGGGCCUCGGCCAGGUGACCUUCAAGUCUUCCGGUGCUGCUACACCUGCUCCGGCGGCACCCCCAACGUUUAAUCGGCAAGGAACGUAUAGGGAGGCAAACGCAUCGAUUGGGUGGGCAGCUGAGAGGAAGGGAGUCAAGGUGCGCGAGUACGAUCGCAACGAUCGCUGGCUGGCCUGGAAGAAACGAUCACUCCGAGUGAAGCGAGGAAUGGAAGCUAAAGCCGCCAGAGCCAUGAGGAAGACCAAAGGCAAGAAAUCCAAUAAAGGACCGAAGACUGCCCAGAAGAAAAAGUAG